UUGAGCGCGCUCCGCGGGGACGCGCACGGAGGGGAAGUCGAAAGACGGAAGAAAGGACGCAGAAUAAACUUGUCAACUAGUGACUGGAUUAACACACAGUCCCAGAACAUGUUACUACAGGGUCGGAGACUUGUUUCCAUGUGAAUUCAGGCCGCCCACCUCCCGCUGUGUCGAAAACCAGUCACCGCUGCCCCCACUCGCCUGGUGGACUCCGGCAGUUUUCAAACAGACUUGCUCCACCGACCCGGGGACGUUCACCGUCACAAAGUCACAGCUAGCCGCCGCUGAAGUGGUGUAAGAAGAGCUGAGUUGUACUGAAGAGACCCACGACCAGCCGGUCAGCUCAGUGGGACUCUGGGUUGGGUCCGGCGUGAGGGAAAAGUGGUCCGCGGCGGUGGUGGAGGAGAAGCCGCGGUCGAGGCCUGCAGUCGAGGAGGCUGCAUGUGUGAAGACCACAGCUGGCGAGGAGCGACCCGAACAGUUAGCAGCUGAACACCAAGACCAACAUGUCGGCCCAGGCACAGAUGCGGGCGAUGCUCGACCAGCUCAUGGGGACGGGGAGAGACGGCGACUCCAUGCGGCAGAGAAUCAAGUUCAGUGAUGAGCGGGUCUGCAAAAGUCAUCUUUUGGAUUCCUGUCCUCACGAUAUCCUGUCAGGCACCAGAAUGGACCUGGGGGAGUGCAUAAAAGUCCACGACCUGGCCCUCAGAGCAGACUACGAGAUUGCAUCCAAGGAUCAGGAGUACUUCUUUGAACUUGAUGCGGCUGAACACCUUCAGUCUUUUAUUGCAGACUGUGACCGCAGGACCGAGCUGGCCAAGAAAAGGCUAGCUGAGACGCAGGAUGAGAUCAGUGCUGAAGUGGCUGCAAAGGCUGAACGUGUCCACGAGCUGAACGAGGAGAUCGGGAAGCUGCUGGCCAGGGCAGAGCAGCUCGGGAGUGAGGGGAACGUAGACGAAGCACAGCAAAUGCUGGAAAAAGUGGAGAAGACCCGGGCCUCAAAGAAAGAAGCAGAGGACGUGUACAGAAACUCAAUGCCUGCAUCCAGCUUUCAACAACAAAAACUACGUGUGUGCGAGGUGUGCUCGGCCUACCUGGGUCUCCACGACAAUGAUCGUCGUCUGGCGGACCACUUUGGUGGCAAAUUGCACAUUGGCUUCAUUGAAAUUCGGGAGAAGCUAGAAAAGCUAAGGAAAGCAGUAGUAGAGAAGCAAGAAAGACUGCGAAUGAAAAGACGAGAGGAGCGUGAGCGAGAGGAUGAAAAAGAGCGACAGUGGGAGGUAGAGCGGGAGAAAGAAAGAGAAAAAGAGUGGGAAAAGGAACGAGAAAAGGAGAGGGAGCGUAAGAGGUCAAGAUCUAGAAGUGGAGAGCGCUACAGGGAUGGUGGCAGCUCAUCUUCUCAUCGCUCAAGACGCCACCGCUCCUCUCAUUCCAGAGAAGAAGGUGGUGAUAGGGAUCGAGAGAGGGAGAGUGGUGAUAGGGAUCGAGAGAGGGAGAGAGAGCGAGAGAGGGAGCGGAAACAUCGACACAAAGACAGACAUCGCUCACGCUCCCACUCUCACAGACAAAAAAGGAAGAGAUCCUCCGGAGAUGGAUCCUCUAACACCCAGGACAGAGAGCGCUCGGUGUCCCAGGAGAGGUUGAGAGAGGCCCCAGGAGAGGGAUGGCGUCAGGACAAGCCAGAUCAACGGGACUGGGAAGACAGGGGGAGGUCCAUCUCACCGGACACAACCAAGGCCAAGGAACGAGAAAGAUCCCUGUCGUUGGAGCGAGACCGACGUUCCAGCUCCGGAGAGCGAGAGUCCGGGGAAAUAUGAACAGGAGGGGAGGCCUCCCCAGUCUUUGAUUUGGAUAUAUUGUCUAACAAAAAGAGCAUGGGAGUGAGUGGGUGGGGGGAGAGCUUUGUAUAUGUGUUCAUGAUAAAACAUGUACAGUAGAGCAGCAUUGACCAGUGGGAACUUAACAAGGGGAUGAGGGAACAGCUUCAGUGGUGGCGGUCAUGAAAACAUACAAAUCAACUUUUAUAAACCUCUGAGUUGGAGGUCUGUUGUCCUGGAAGCAGCACAGUCAUACCCCUACGCCAACCUGUCAAUGAUGACAGUGAUGAGAGGGGACUGAGUGUCGAGUCAGCAGAGGCCCUUCUUUAAAUCUGUUUUUAUUUUACUCACAUGAAGUACUGUUGUGUUUUUUUUUUUUUUUAUCAUUAGUUUAGUCAUGUUAUUACUGUUUCUGGAUUUAUUUACAUGGGUUGGACUCAUAAAUGAGCAUAACCCUCACUGUGAUUUUAGGCAAAUGAGCUGUGAAUGACUGGAGGCACCUCUGACGCCUGCGUUGUUUUUUGCUGCCUUCAAGCCAUAACAUUCUCAUUUGGGAAAAAUUUGAUCCACAUUCUUGAGCUUGACUGGAGAGUUGAGGUUAUUCUGUCCAAACAAACACAUGUUUCUCAAUGAAAGAAAUAUUUCUUAUCAACGAUGUGCAUAUUUACAAACUGACCGCUCAUGGCCUGCUUGCUGUUAUACAUCUGGAUCUACAGGAGGGAUUUAUUUUGCUGUGCCACCGUUGUGAAUAAAAUGUUCUGCUUCCAUUCAAAAA